AUGACAAAUUACCUGGUUAGAUCUCUGGUCCUAAGUCUCCUACAUGGGAAGAACUGCAAUCGUCUCGUUUCUCCGCUUACCACUGUAAGACCUGCAGAAACUUUUUGUGUCAAGCAUCAGAACUACCUCUUCUUGGGCAUCUCGCAACUGAGACGGACGUUGAGCACUUCGUCUUCGUCGGCGGAGACUGGGCUGGCCGAGAAGGAUCCAAAGGAGAAUUCGGAUGCGGAUGGUGCAGAACGACAGAUGGGAGUGUCACAGGAGAACGGUGUCGUGGUUUCUAGCUAUUGGGGAAUUUCUCGGCCGAAGAUUACAAGGGAGGACGGAACGGUUUGGCCUUGGAAUUGCUUCAGGCCUUGGGAAUCUUAUUCAGCUGAUUUGUCAAUAGAUCUGAGCAAACACCAUGUACCUAAGACCUUUCUGGACAAAGUUGCAUAUAGAACGGUGAAAUUUCUUAGGAUUCCCACGGAUAUGUUCUUUCAGAGGCGGUAUGGGUGUCAUGCAAUGAUGCUGGAAACUGUGGCAGCUGUUCCUGGCAUGGUAGGAGGAAUGCUMYUGCAUCUUAAGUCUCUUCGUAAGUUUCAGCAAACUGGUGGUUGGAUUAAGGCGUUACUUGAAGAAGCAGAGAAUGAGAGGAUGCAUUUGAUGACCAUGGUGGAGCUUGUGAAACCUAAAUGGUAUGAAAGACUAUUGGUUCUUACUGUUCAGGGAGUCUUCUUCAACUCUUUCUUCAUUCUCUAUGUGCUUUCCCCAAAGUUGGCACACAGAUUUGUUGGGUAUUUGGAGGAGGAGGCAGUACAUUCAUACACUGAAUACUUGGAAGCUAUCGAGAGUGGUGAAGUUGAAAAUGUUACAGCUCCUCCUAUUGCCAUUGAUUAUUGGAGGCUACCAAAGGAUGCCACUCUGAAGGAUGUUGUGACUGUUAUUCGUGCAGAUGAAGCCCAUCAUCGAGAUGUCAACCACUUUGCUUCAGACAUUCAUUUCCUAGGCAAGGAAUUGAGGGAGGCUCCAGCUCCUAUCGAUUACCAUUAGUAUAUCAUUCCCUUUCUGGUUUAUGUGUAGGGGUGUAUAUUUGUAUCAGUGAAUCUGUAUCU